UAAAGCCACCUUCCCUUCUCCCUUCUCCCCACUUCACAGCCUUUGUUUUUGAGUGUGCGUAGUAAAAAUAGCAUCUUUUUGAGAGAGAGAGAGCUCAGUGAGGUAGUGAUCAGUAAAACCAUGGAGGGCAAGGAAGAGGAUGUUAAGCUUGGAGCAAACAAGUACGCAGAGAGGCAGCCCUUGGGCACAGCAGCUCAGACAGACAAGGACUACAAGGAGCCACCUCCAGCUCCUCUGUUUGAGCCAGGUGAGCUCUCCUCAUGGUCCUUCUACAGGGCUGGGAUUGCAGAGUUCGUGGCCACCUUUUUGUUCCUCUACAUCACCAUCUUGACUGUGAUGGGUGUUAAGCGCUCUGGCAACAUGUGUGCUUCUGUGGGUAUCCAAGGGAUUGCUUGGGCUUUUGGUGGUAUGAUCUUUGCUCUUGUCUACUGCACUGCUGGUAUUUCAGGGGGACACAUCAACCCAGCUGUGACCUUUGGACUCCUUCUGGCAAGGAAGCUCUCCCUCACAAGAGCUGUAUUCUACAUGGUCAUGCAGUGCCUUGGGGCCAUCUGUGGAGCUGGUGUCGUGAAGGGCUUCGAGAGCAACCUAUACGAGAUCAACAAUGGUGGAGCCAACGUUGUGAACCAUGGCUACACCAAGGGCGAUGGCCUUGGUGCUGAGAUCGUUGGCACCUUUGUUCUUGUCUACACUGUCUUCUCUGCCACUGAUGCCAAGAGAAGCGCCAGAGACUCUCACGUCCCUAUUUUGGCUCCACUUCCCAUUGGGUUCGCAGUGUUCUUGGUUCAUUUGGCCACCAUCCCCAUCACAGGAACUGGUAUUAACCCAGCCAGGAGUCUAGGAGCUGCCAUUAUCUACAACAAAGACCACGCAUGGGAUGACCAUUGGAUCUUCUGGGUGGGACCCUUCAUCGGAGCUGCUCUUGCUGCUUUGUAUCACCAGAUAGUCAUCAGAGCCAUUCCUUUCAAGAGCAGGGCUUAAGAUUCUUUCCCUCCUUGGAUGUCAAACUAUCUCUCUGUUUCUUCUUUUUUACUUUGUGGUGUAUUUUCAGAGCCAUUCCUUUCCUGUGUUUGGUGUUGAGAUGUUAACUAUGUGUGUAAAUUAUAUUUUAAGUUUGUGACAGCUUUUAAUGGAGAAUUCUUUAAUCUUUUAUGCUA